CCCACUAUGGUUUAAUCUAAACGCAAAACAAUCCAAAACUAUAAACCAAAGGAGUCGGUACUCUCUAAUUAUGAUACUUGUAAUAAACCCACACAGACACAGCGAAUGCCACAGCAGACACGCAGCGCUUGUGCCCACACAACCUCGGUGCACAGCAUUUACAAACAGCAUUCACUUCAAACAAAAGUUACCUUCUCCUAAAUGUCACAGGAGACUAUCUGGGCGAUUGUCACCUCACCCAGAACGUUUCCACGCGGCCUUCGAGCUGAUGCGUCUGCGUUCAUUCCAGCCCUGAUGAGCUCUCUGCUCCUCUAUUGAGGUCUGAGAAGUCAGACAAGGUCAACCUCCCAGUUGCCAAACGCUGUUGGACACGAGCACCCUGCUCUGUUUUUUCUGUGUUCGCAAGGUUGUGUUUUAUGAAUUGCUCAUAGAAAAAAGAAAGGAAUAUUCCUCCUUACAAUUCACCACCAGUAAUGACUAAAUUGCUUCAUUAAAUCUUAUGGCUCCCCGAGCUCCAAUUUGCGUUUCCUUUUUAUUUAUUGCGUUUCUGAGAAGCGAGGUGGGGCCUUGUUCCUUUGCCGGCGGGGGUGACGGCGUUGCCUUUCCAGCUUCGUGUCGUUUGUUGUGUGCUAUUGCUUUCCUAAAGCGACGGGUGUCUGGUUUCUUGCCGUGAAUGAGCUCAGCCGCUCCGCUCUCACCGAUCCGGGCCCCAACGAGCCGCGGAGGAGCCUGCCGACGCACUCCACUCACACCGGCUGAAUCACCCAGGCUAAUCAUUCAGAGCACUCCCGCCGCGCCACGCGCCCGCGUGAGUGUGUGUUUUCCGUGUGCGCGGGAAUGUGAAGUGAACUCGAAUUAAUUCACAAAAGCUCUUUUAGCAGCACAGGUUCGUCACGAAGGGCUUUGAUGAGAACAAAGGACGCAAACUCAGACGAAACUAACGGAUGGAUGACAAGAAGUUUGCGUGCGCGUGUGAGUGUGCGCUGGAUGGAUGUGAGGUUUGGUUUUGAGUCACAGGCAGCCAAAGUCUGAGAGUGUGUGUAGGAUGAUGAGCCUCGUGGCUCAAUCCCUCCCUCUGUUUUAUGUGCCAACACGUCUUCACAAACACAGAUAAACAACCUGUUGAUUCAUCCACUUGUUUCUUGAAUUGAACAGGUCAAAGCAAACCUUUCAGACAGCACAAAGGCAGCAUAUAGUCCAUUUAUACAGCCAGUAUAUAAUCUGUACGUGCUGCAUCAUUGACUGUUUCUAUGUGUACAUUUUGCGUGUGAAAUGUGUGUGUGUGUGUGUGCGUUUGUAUCCCUCACAGUGAUUAAAGCAAGUGGGCGGCAGCAGCAACUGGUCUGCCUGUGUUGCUCUGCGUAGCAGACAUCUUUCUCGCUGCUAGAUAUUACUCAUUUCCUCAGCCCUUUGCACACACACACACACACACACACACACACACACAGUUCAGUCAGUCACAUACACGACCGAUAGCAGCCUCUCAGUUCUUUCCCUCGGUUUGUGAGGCUCGCUGGUGUUAUUUCAUGCAUGCAGAGAUCAGAGGCAGCAUGUAGCCGGAGGCUGCAGAUUUCGCCGGGUGUUGUGACUUGUGGCAGCGCUGUUGAGGAGCAGCGUAGCACAGUGAGGAGCUGAGGAGUGGGUUGACCCGCUGGGAGGACUGGAAUAUGAAUGAAUGCCAGGACUGGGAGCAGGUCUGCACAGCCCGCACGAAGGUGAGUUGUGGUUCAGCACAACGGACUCAACAGUGAUCGGACAGUGAUGCUGUGUCGCAGCCUUCCCCUCUGCCUGUGCCCCUCGUUCUCCCGUGAGGCCCAUGUGACCUAGCCUAAACCCACACACAGGGGGCCCCCCAGUGUCGCUGGAGCCCACCCAUGAAUCCCAGCCCCGACCGCGGCAAAGAGUGCCUCCCUCCCAAGAAGAGGGAGUCUCGGCAAGGAUCGGUAGGACACCACAUCCCUCUGGACGAGUUCAAACCCCCCGUGCCGCUCCGGAGUCGGUCCAGCGGAGGAGCAGUUGAGGGGGGCAGGGAGGCUAGUGACCGAGUUCUGCCUCACCCUAACCCCCAUCUCCUCCAUACUCCUCCACCCCUUCCUGCUCCAGCGCCAGGUUUCCCCCUGCCCCUCCCAUGGCACCUGGGCUACUCCCCCUCAGUCUCUCUCCCGCUUUUCCCAGGGCAGGUUGGCGAGAGGAGGGGCUCAGGGUCUUCCCCCUGGAGAGAUGAUCGUCUCUCUUCACCCCACCACCACUCUAGGUGGCUUAGAGGGGAAGGAUCCCUCUUGCCACCUUCCCCAUCUUCCUCCUCCACUUCGUCCUUCAAGACUCCCUUCCCGGCCGAUUCUCAAGAGAUAUGGUCCUACAAUAACAGCGGCCGGCGGGACAACAGCUCCUCUCUCAUCUCCCCAUCGUACUUGUACAGCCACCACUCUCUCUACCCUCAAGAUCCAAGCUUUGUUGAGCCCCGACACAGAAACCUAGGCAAGAGGCCCAACGGCCUAGAUGGGCCCGGCAGCAGGACUGCCUCGACCUCUAGGCCUCUGCUCACAGGAGACUAUGGGAACGACAGCAGCAGAACCAGUGCGCACAGCUCCCAUACUAACGGUGGACGAAGACCGCAGGAGGAUCUAACAUCCCGUGUCUAUACUGGAGGGCCAUUUUUGUCAGACUCUCAAGCUCAGGAAGGCUCUGAGCCACAUUCCUCACUGCAGGACAGACAUUUGCAGGGUAUGGUAAAGACCAGCUUACUUUCCAACAGUCCCCAUCCUCUCGGGCCUGUCUCCCGGGCAAGUAGAGGGGGUCUGUUGGACACCCUCGGGGUCACACCAGCUGAAGCGCAGAUCUACUACUCCUUGGGGCCGGUGUUCCAACCCUGCCCUCAGGUCCAGCCCUACCCGCUCUACAGCCCCUCAGGAACAGCUCUGUACAAUCUGCACAGGGAGCCCGGACUCAGGCAGCACAAUUUAAGGAACUCACCCCAAUCCCCCCUGGGCCUACCUAACAACCAUGACAGGUCGCAGAGAGACCGGGACAGAGACCAAGAAAUGGACAGAGAAAGAUUCAGAGGUAAGGACAAAGAGAAGCACCUACGACACGACAAAGACCAAGAAAGAGACAUUGAACGCGAGAGACGACGGGACAGAGAAAGAGACAGAGGGAGGGAGCUAUCUCCUUCCCAUCUUCACACCUCACCGCCGGCCCUUCAGCCAUCUCCCUCGGCGCUCCUACCUCACUUCACCAAAGGUUCUCUAAUCGAGUUGGCCAGCGGUCGAUUGAAGCGGGUGGAGGAGCUGCGGACCGAGGACUUCCUGAGGAGCGCAGAUACCUCCCCAGAGUUCCACCUCAGCACCUGCACCGUGCUGCUGAUUUCCCCCAGUGGUGCACAAGGCUUCAGCCACCUGCAGGUCCACCUCACAGACCGCAACACUCAGGAGUUACUGAAGGUCUUGGUGGAGUAUCCGUUCUUUGUGCAAGACCGGGGCUGGUCUUCUUGCUGCCCCCAGAAAACCACUCAGCUGUACGGUCUGACCUGCCGCCAGCUCAUUGAGGGGGAUGUCUGCCUGGCUCUCACCCCCACACCCUCUGCAACCCCCACCCAAACCCACCGGACACACACGCGCACCGGCUCAAGGGCCCAUCGAGCGCAACUCCACCCCUCCAGGGCUGCAGGACAAUCCGGUAGCUCGCACAAGGAGGAGAUGCCGCCUCCACCUCCUCCUCCCCCUCUUCCUCACCACCCACCUCCUACCGUGCCGGCUCCUCAGCGUGCCGUAGAACCUCCCGCCCGGGAGCAGCCGCGUCCACGCAAACGGCGCUGGUCUGCCCCGGAUACCUUUCACUCAACCGGAACUGGUGAAAGCCUCCUGGAUUUACCUCAUGGCUCCAAGCUAACGAAGCGGCAGUAGAGUCUUGGAAAUGCAUUCGCAAACAUGAAAAUUUACGCACGCACAAACACACGCGAGCACAUACACACCUUUGUUGUCUCUGGUGCACCCACCAAGACAAACAACGAGGAGACCUCAAGGUAGGGCUGCAGGGAAGGAAUAAAAAAAAACUAUAGAAAACGCAAGUUACGGGUGUCCACACUGCUGCCCAAAAUAUUAACCUUGUCCAUCCUAGUCUGGUCCUAGUUGUAUCCUCCUUUCCUUCCCCUUCCCUUCCUUUCCUUUCCUUUACUUAGAGCAGCCCUAAGAGGAGCAGCCGCUGAAGGAUCUUGAGAUGGCUCCUCACAGACACACCGAAGACAUUUAGUGAGACAAUCAAGCACUUGUCUGUGGUCACUCUGUUUUUGUAAUGGUUGUCCCACCCACCUACUUACUGACAGUGUUUUCUGCAGGGUAUUGAUUUUCAAUCAGUGUUAUGAGUAAACGCUAUUGAAGAAGCGCAGAAAUGUAUGAACAAAAGUUGACUAUAUAUAUAUAUUACAUUACAGAUGUUAUAUACAGUAAAUAUGCUAAACCGAUUUAAUGCAAUCUCUGUCAGUUUCGCAAUGCAUUUUUUGUUUUUCUUUUCUUGCUUCUGAGCCGAAAUCGACACGUCGCUCCGAGCGGGCAAGGUGAAUGUACAAGCAACUCUUCGCCUUUUUUUUUUAUUAUUCUCAUUGCUGGGAGUCACUUGAAACAAUUGAUUGUUCGUCAAGGCAUUAGCCUCCAAUAUGUUCUUAACAUUAUCUCUGAGAAAGGGAGAACACUAAUGAAAACUGCGUAACAGACAAUCCCCCCCAAACCUCCCUCCCACACACAAGACGGGUCUGUGCCACAUCACCUCGACACUCAUGGUGUUUUUCCAUUAAAAACUGGAUGAUGGAAAGAGUAAAAAGUCAGCGUGGCUGAGGAGUAAUGGUGCUAAUAACACGUUGGAACAUGAUGCUUUGUGAAUACUCUUGACCCCCGUGUACUGCACGCUUCUGUUCCCGUCUCAUUUUUUACGUACUGUAUUUGUUUGAAGGCAGGGAAAAUGAUGAAAGUAUUUUAAACUCAGAUACGGGUAUCUCCUCUGAUUCAGCACACAAUCUCACUUUAGUUUUGUGUUUUUCUUUUUGUAUUUUAUUUUCAAAAAGAAAACUUUACUUGUUGAUUUUUCUUUUUAAAUGUUAUAGCUACAAAAGUGUAUAUUUUUAAAAAAUUGUGAAUCUGUUAUGAUGUUCGCUAGAAAUAAAGGAAAAACAGCUUUAAUAGAUUUAA